AUGGUUAAAUUAGAUUUCUCAAAUCCAUUUGAAGACAAAACCUAUAUUGAUCUUUUUGGUUUUGGAAGUAUUAAUGACACAAUCUUGCUACAUCAAUAUUGUGUAUACAAACAUGUAUUAUGGAACCCAGCUACCCAGAAAUUCAACCUCCUUCCUCCCACUCCGUUUGAAUCAUACGUUCCGGAUGAUGUUAAGCGUUAUUGUAGCUUUGUAUCUUAUCUUCAUGGAUUUGGUUACGAUUCUGUUACAGGUGACUAUAAAGUCAUUCGUUUUCUAUUUUUUCCAGAUCGUGAAAAUAUGCACUGCAGAUGCCUGGGAAACAAAUAUUUUGAACCCUUAUGGGAGAUAUAUGACCUAAGAAGUAACUCCUCGAGGAAACUUGAGGUUGACAUGCCGCCUUCUUUGGAUAUUACGGAAGGCACCCAUGUCUACAUGGAUGGAGUGUGUCAUUGGUUGUGUCAGAAUGAUUAUGGAUAUUGGAAAAAACAUAAUAUCGCAUUUCAACCUAGUUUGGUAUCGUUUUACUUGAGCAGUGAAGUGUUCUUCAUAACACCUGUAUCCUCAGAUGUAGAUGAUUGUUUUGAUGUUGGAGCAGAGUGGAAGUGGAUAAACUUGGUGGUGUUAAAUUUGUCCAUUGCAUUGAUAUCAUAUCAUGAAAAGAUGGCUACUUUUCAUGUAUCUAUUUUGGGUGAAGUUGGUAUGAAGGAAACAUGGACCAGGCUCUUCACAGUUAGACCAUUGCCUUGUGUUGAGCGUCCUUUUGGAGUGGGGACAAAGGGGGAAAUAUCCUUUACAAGAAAAGAUAAAGAACUAGCUUGGUUUGAUUUAAGUACCCAAAUGAUCGAGGAGCUUGGUUUUAAAGUGGAUUUUCCUGAAUGUCGGAUAAUAGUUUACAAGGAAACCAUUCUUCCAUUUGGAGGAUUAAAUAAUUAA